AUGAUAUUUAUAUUUAGUCUAUUCUAUCUAACAAUCAAUUAAGAAACAGAAAAUCAAGUUUAAUAUUUGUAAGUAGGAGAAUCAGUUUAAGGGUAUAAACAAUCCAUUAUUUAGAUUUAUUUCACCAAGAACAUCUAAUCAUCAUGUUUAUUAAUUUUUUGUUCCUCAAAUAAAUAAUCAUACAAAUUUUGUUGUUUUGCUUAAAACAUUAAAUCCUAAUUCUGAUCCCAACAUAUACAUUUCAAAAAGUGUAUAUGUACCAUUAUCAAUUUAAGAUGCUGAUAUACAAGCAUGUGAAGCAUAAGGAAUGGGUAAAAUUAAUAUAUAAUUUAUAGACAUUUGCAUUAUAAAUAAUGAAAAGAUUAAAGAAAAUGAUCUUUUAUAUAUUUCAGUAGUUUCUCAAUAACCUAGUAGAUAUAUAUUAAGAAUUGAAUUUGAUUAAGAAUAAACAUUAAUGAUUGAUAGUUUUCUAACUUUUAAAAUGACUUCUGAAAAAUAAUCCUAAAUCUUAGAUUUUAUCAUACUUGAUUUUUAUGAAUAAGAAACAGAAAUUCAAAUAAAUAUUCAAGUCUUGAAUUAAGAAUAAUUAGAAGAACCAUUCUAAGUUUUUAUGAAUAUAUAUGAAAAUGAUGUACCAAACAAUGAUAAAUUUGAUUAUAAAGCAAUUGACACAUGGGAAAACUAAAAAGUCAUUGAAUUUAUAUAAAAACACUCUUUUGAGUAGUAUAAAAUCUUAAUCUAAGGAGAAUAAGGGGCUGUUUUUAGAGUGAGUGCAACAAGAAGUCAAUAUCUUAAAACUAUUUAUCUUUAUGAUAGGAUUCUACAAGUUGUUGAUAAAGGAGAUUAUGAUUUUUAUAAAAUAAAAAUUUAUGAUCCUUCAAAUUGCGAUAUUGUAUAUUAUUUAAUUCACAGUUUUCUUAGGUAAUUCGAUUGACUCCUUUUAAAGGUUAUGCAAAAUUAUUUGUUCAUUAUAAUAUUUAACCACCUUUGUUAGAUAGUUAUGAAUGGAAAGAAGAUAAUUAAGAAGAAGAACUAAUUUAUAUAUCCAGAAAAGAAUUAUUUAAUAAAAACAUAACCAUAAAUACUUUAUAUAUAACUGUUUUGGGUAUAGAUUUAUGUACAUAUCAAUUAUAAUGUAUAUGUGAAUAAGAAGGAUAAUUUCUUCCAGAUAUUCGUUAUCAAAGAAUUGUAAAAUAAUAAGAAAUUAUGAGGUUAGAGAUAAUUAAUUAUCAAAAUUAAAUUCAUUAAAUUUUAGUUAACUUUCAUAUUCUUUAAGGAUUAGUAAAUAUACUAAUAUCUAAUUGUUAUGAUUAAUCUUUGUGUCCUCCAGAAGAAUUAUUUGCAAACCAAGAAAAAUAUGAAAAAAUGACAGAAUAUAUUAUGAUAUAUUCUAAUAAUGAUUAAUAACCUUAAUUUAUGUUAAAAUGUGAUUAUGUUUGUAAUUACUAAAUUUUUGCUAUUGUUGAUAGAAAUAGUAAAUCAGAUGGUAAAUUUGAAUUCAAAUACAUAAUUAAUUAAUAAACUAUUAAUUUAAUCUAAAAUACACCUCAUAAAUCAAUAAUUCAAAAAAAUUAAUAUCAGUAUUACUAUUUUUUUGUAUCUGAAUAGGAUUAAAUAUAAAGAUUAAAUUUUAUAGUUUCAUUAACACAAGGAGAAGUCAUCAUUUAUUUAUCAACUAAACAUUAAAAACCUAAUGAAGAACAUUAUGAAUAUAAAUCCUAAGAUAAUUCUAUUAAUUUUGGUGGUAGAUUUUCUAAUUAACCUUAAUCUGGAAAUUACUAUAUCUCUAUUUAUGGUCAAUCAGUAUCAAAAUAUAUGAUAACUGUUUGGGUUAUCAAUAACAUUGAAAAUUCUUAAUAAUUUGGGAAGUUUCCUUGGCAUUAUAUUUAAUUGUAUCAAGGAGAUUGGCAUGAUCAUGUUCUAGCUAAUGAUGAAUUUGUUCUUUAUAAAAUUGAUUUGAAGGGAUAUCAGAACACUUAAAAUUAUCCAGUAAAUGUAAUAUUAUAUAAAAAUUAUGGAUAAUUUUAAAUGUUUGGUUUUGAUCAUCCUGAAACAAAUGAAUUAAAAGCAAUAUGGUAAAGUGGAUAAAUAAUCAAUAUUUAAAUGAAUGAUCCUAAAUAUCCAGAAAUUCUCUAUUUAAAAAUCAAGUUAGAUUAAAUUGGAGAUUUAUAUGGUAGUUUUAGAAUUGCUUUUUACUUUUAUAAUUAAGAAAUUAAUUUAAUCUAAAAUGAACCUUUUUUUAAUUUCUUAUCUGCUUAAAAUCAAUAGAUUUUCAGAUAUGAAUAUAGCAAAAAAGAAUCUUUUAUUAUCUCAAAAAGAUCCUUUGAGCUUGAUUAAUCUUCCUUAAUUUUUGAAUCCUUUAAUUAAUAUGGUUUAGAAAUUAGAUAAUUUGAAAAUACAAACAUAAUUUUAAUUGAAAAUAAAGAAGAAAUUUAUUGUUAAGAAGAACAAAAGUUAUGUUUUUAAUAAUUUUAUUUCUCUCUUUAUAGUAAAAUAGAUUAGUUUUAUUCAAUAUUAAUUUCUAACAUGGACAAUUCUGAAAUUUAACUUGGAGAAGAUUAGCCAAUAUCUAAAUUAUUGCCAAUAGGAGAAGAUUACUUCUAUCUCUAUUGUUAAGGUUAAGAGGUUAAUAUAUUAACUUUUAGUUUCUAUUAAGAAUUAAAAAUAUAUGCAUCCAUUGUUCAAGAUUUGUAAUCACCUCAUCCAAAUUCAUUAUAAUAUGAUAAGAUAUCUAUUAAUAGAAAAGGAAGUUAUUAAGCUUCUCUGUACAUUUCAUAAAAUGAAUUGAAAAAUUAUAAUUGUGUUGAGAAAUGUAUCAUCAAAUUAACAGUUGUUGUAUCUAAGAAUACAAUAUCUGAUAUUAAUAAUUAAUUUUAUGAUUAUACAAUUUAGUAUAAUUCUAAACUGAUUUUACUAAGAGAAUCAGAAUUCCAAGAUGGUUCCCUUAUUUAAAGUGGAUAUAAAUUCUAUAAAAUACAUGUUUCAAAUAAUAAUACAAAUCUUAUGAUCUUGCUUAAACCAGAUCCAAAUUAUGAAGCUGACCUAUUAGUUUCAAAAUCUAAAUUUCCAAACAAAGAAAAAUUUGAAUGGGGAUCUUUUGAUCUAUACAGUGAUGUCUUAAUACUUGAGCCUGGAAAUAGUAUUCACCCUGAUUUGUCUGGAGACUACUAGUAGAAUCUUAUUUAUAAUAUUUUAGUGUUGGAGUCCUAUGCUAUGUUCCUUGUUAAUUUUCUCUUUAGUAUCAUCUAGGAAAUGUGGAGACAUAUGAUAUAUUCCCUAACUAACCAUAUAACUUGUAAAUAUUCAAUAUUAUAUAUUAGUUAUGUUGGAUAAGAUUACACAGUAUAUCUAAGAUUGUAUACGAAUAUGUAAACAUAACCGUUUAUGAUUUUUGUGCAAUCACUCUCUGAAACAGCAUAUUUUUAUGUAGAUGAAAUAGAUUAAUUUACAUCAAAACUUAGUUAUACUAAAAAUUUGACCUCUUUCAAAUAUAAUAAUCAUUAACAAGGAUAUUAAAAGUAAAUGGUUACUGAACCUUUAUAAAUUGAUAACAUGCUAUUGAUUGCACUUAAAACUUAUAAUUCUGAAAUUGUUACAAUCCAAGUCAACAGUUAAUAGGAGGAAAUAUUUUUAGAUUCUCAAAUGUUAUUUUAAUAUUAGCUUGUGAAAAAUCAAAAAGUUACAUUUACUCUUUAUCCAAUUUAUCAAUCUUUAAUAUUAUAGGUUUAUGUGUUUAGUGGUUAAAUUACCUGUUCUUACUCAAUAGAGAAGUUGAAUUAUGACGAAAAUUUUCAUCCUUUAUUUCUCUUAGAGGUAAAAUCAGAUAAUUACAAAAAUAAUUUUACAAUAAGCAAUUAUGCAGAUUCUUAUUUAAAAGUUUACAUAGAGGCUAUAUUCAAUUCUCAUUUUAGCAUUUAGUAUUCCUAUGAAAUAGAGGAUGCUAUUUAUAUUUCGUAAAUUGAUUAUAAUAAUUUAGUUCCAUAUACCCUGUAAAUGUUUUAUUAAAUGGUUAGAGUGAAAAAAAAUUGUAUUACAAUAAUUAUGAUACCUCUUAAAUUCAAACUUAAUAGAAGACAUUUUAAAUUUCUGUUUAAAUUAAGGAAGACUGGAAUGCUGUACUCUCCAAUCAAAAACAUAGAUCUCUACCUAUAAUAAAAGUCUAUAGUAAUAUAACAUAGAUGUAUUUACAACCUAUAAAACAGAAAAUAUUAUCUAAUUUAAUAUUUAAUGAAUAUAUUCAAAAUGAAACUUAAUAUACAAUAGUUCUUAAAAAUUAAGCAUAUUUUUAUCAGAAUUAUGAAAUUUAAAUUGGAAAUUCAGAUCUUAGACCUUUAGUACCAAGAAUUAAACAACUUGGUACUAAUCAAUUGCACACAAGUACAUAUUGGGCAUUGUAACAAAAUUAUGAUUAUAUGUUUUAUGAAAUGUAAUUUUGUAAUGGAAUCUUUUCAGUUCAUGUUGGUAAGGAUUUUGAAUUACUAAAGAAUGGAUAAUAUGAUUAUAAAAUAGAUAUUAAAUAAAAUAAAUAAGUAUUUGGAUUUAUUGAUAAAAUUGAUCUGGAAUUGUUUAUUUAUUUAAAGUUUGAUUUUAUUAAAACAUUCAAUAAAAAAAUACUUGAUGCUUAAUAUACAAUUAGAAUUUAUUCAGUUGAAGAGAAAAGUGAUAUCCCUUAUGAUUAAUUCUAUCCAGGACUUUAGGGUGUCUUAACUUCUAAAAUUAUUGAGAAUUAUGAAGAGACUAUCACUCUGUAUAUCGAAUUUGCUCCUUUGCAAUUUACUAAAAAAAAUAAAUAGGAAACUUUUUGGGUAGAAUAAAUUGAAUAUUUUAUUAUAUUAAAUGAAAGAUUAGAUGAUGAUGAUAACAAUUUUGAUUAUUGUUUAGAACCAUCAAAUGAAAAUAGAAUCUUUCACAACUAAACUGAUAAUAAUUCUUUAUUAACAAUUAAUGUGACUCUUCCCAAUUUAUAUAAUAAAAAAUAAAGAAUCUUCGAUUUUACUAUUUUAGCUACUGGUAAUUUUUGUAAUUUUUAUAUUAGUGGAGGUAUAAUUGUAUAGAGAUGAUUAAAAAGUUUAAUUAGACUAUUAUUAUGAAUCAUAACAUAUCAAAUGGAAUUCCUAAUAAAAAAUGUUUUAAGAUUAUAAACUAAUUAGUUAUUCAUGGAUGGGACUUUUUAUUAUAAUGAUUAUAUUGAUGAUUGGUAUAGGUGCAUUUAUUAGAAUGAAGAGAAAAUAAAUAAUGUAUUAAUAGAAUUAUAAAAUAAGAUCAAAAUAUGAUAAUAGUGACUUCAAAAAUUAAAAGAUUAUUGGAAUAGAAAUGCAUCAUAGUGGAAUUAAUGAAUGA